AUGGUCAAGGAAACUGAUGAGCUUGUGACAGGCUUCUCCAUCUGGGCUGUGCCAAAACAGUCCGAAGUACAGGAGCUUAAAGACGUUAUCAAGACGUAUGCGCAGCGGCUUGGGACGUCACCAUUUCUCCCGCACAUGACAAUCUUGUCUGGAAUAAAGGGGUUGUCAGCUGAGGAGAUGACGGCCAAACUAGCUGAUCUCGCAGACUCCAUGUACACAUUAGAGGUCGAGAUCGAGAUGGUAACGUAUAAGAAUGAUCUCUUUUUUCAAUGUGUCUUUGGACUCUUGAAGCUCACACACGAGCUCACGCAUGCACAUGAAAAUGCAAAGCAGAUCUAUGCGGUAAAAAGGGACGUAGAAUAUAUGCCCCAUGUGAGUUUCAUUUACGGCAAUGUAGCAAACGGAUUGCGUGCUGAAUUGGUGAAAGAACUGGGCUCACAUCUCGAUGGAAAACGUUUGCAAAUGGAGAAAAUUCAGCUCUGGUGCACGUUUGGUGAAGUAGAAACAUGGGAACUUAUAGCCGAGGUGCCAUUGCGGUAUGAUUGA